AUGACUUAUCACGAAAACGUGUACGGAACAGGAAGUGGGUACAGUUGCAUUGAGUUCGCUUCGUUACUAACGCGUAAUAAGAAUGGCGAGCUUGGAUUAGCUAUUUCUAGUGUAAGAAAUUUGGACGGAUCAACAGGAGUUAUUGUCUCAGAAAUUUUGGAUGAGGCGACGUCAACUAAUCAACUGAAUACCAAACCUCAAGUUCAUAACGGAGGAAGAUUCGGUGAGCCGCACAGACUACAGAAGCAGCAAAGUAGUGUGGAGCUCUAUCGAACGGACUUUGAACCCAGACAACUACCUGUCGCCCACUCCCAGUCAUGUUCUAAUCUGCAGCCACCUGAAAAUCGGAAACCUGCUAGCUUAACUACUGUUCAUCUAGAUAAACGGGAGAAUGAUGAAAGUUUGGGUGUCGAGCUGGUCAGUCGGAUUUUUGUGAAUUCAGUUGAUGAAGGUGGACUUGGUGACAAAUGCGGUCUGCGGAAUGGCGAUCGGCUCAUCUCACUGAACGGUGUCAACACAGCCCACUUAAGCCUGGUAGACACAGCCAAAAUUUUGAGACGUCAAGAAACUUUGCUUGAAGUAGCCCGUGGAAGACAGGCAGAGCGCUUGAAUAGAAGCGGACUGGCGGAUUCUAACGUCAGCAUGACCACAUAUUCCAAGGACCAACCUGGUAUUCUAACAAAUCGAAAGUAUAUCGGCAGUCCUCGAAAGAAGCAGCAGUUUUCAGAACAUAGAAAUCUUGCAGAACGCCCAAAGGAAGGUAUCAAAUUUUCAUCUUUGCAUGAUUUGCAAUCUAGAAACAAGAAGGUGUGCCAAAAAUGUUCGGAGACGCGGUCUCUUCAAGGUGUUUUACAACCACAUUGGCUAUCCCACUCCGACUCCGAGUGUCAACUUAUGUAUCGUCGUGAAUCGACGAAACAUCAGGACGCUUAUCACAGACACAAACAUAAAUAUUGCAAAGAUCCAUGCCGAACCUGUACAAAAGAUCGGUCUUGGACUGCAUCUCCCAAAACAGUGGUCGAGUCGAGCGAUGGCCUCACUUCAUUUGAAACAAUGACUGCGGACGAACAAAGACCGGUCGUACGUCAAUUCCAGGAAAAAGCGAUCAAACUAAAGUCCCAGUCAGACGUGCGUCAAGUUUUAUUCCAUAUGGAUCCGAGGACUGGAACUGGACUAGCUCUUGUUGGUGGAAACAGAACCGGUGUGUUUGUUGCUACCGUACAACCAGAUUCAGCUGCUGACCAAUCAGGAAUAGGUGAGGGGGAUCAGAUCAGAGCAAUCAAUGAACUGGAACUUGAUGGCUGGACCAAAGAGGAAGUCGCUCUGGCACUGAUAGCAGACGAUGCUCCCAUUGUGCUGAGCCUAAAGCACGAUCCUGCGGCAUUCAGUCAAGUUCUGCAGUCAAACCAAUCCACGGAUUUCUUUUCCGUCCGUACCUAUUUCAACCUCAAACCGGAUGGUUACACACAGAACACCAAAGGGCUAACUGAACUGGCUAUAACUGAGGGUGAUAUAUUUCAAGUUCUGGACACGUUUCCGGGAGGAGUAUUUGGAAACUGGCAGGCAUAUAAAAUAUAUCCUUCUGUUAGCGUUACCGGACUAAUACCAAACAUGCAAAGAGCCAAGGGCCUAUUGGUAAGCUCUGGUGUUUUACAGGUGUUGGGACAAAGAACAUUUAUUCGAAAAAUUAUAUUGCGUAGCUUAUUCUUCGAAGCAAUCAAGGAGGUACAGACUGCCACAUCAUCUGUACGAGAGCCAACUCCAUAUGAAAAGGUAAUCCUAAUUGAUGGCUAUCCGCUUCCGCGACCUGUGGUUAUAUAUGGGCCCUUGUCUUUUCUGGCAAGAAAACGACUUCAAGGCCUCACUGAUUCUAUGGAACCAGAGGAGAAAGAAACUUCCAUUAGGUUUGAAGUACCACCAGUCAACGCACACAUAGGUCAAACAGGACCGGAAGGGUUUCCAACUGGACUAAUCCGUCUGAGUGCCGUCAAAAUGAUAAUGGAGAAUGGAGCACACUGCUUGCUGGACAUUAACAUGAGUGCCAUUCAGCGGCUGACAUUUCUUGGGAUCCCACCAAUUGUGAUCUUAAUAACUCCUUCUUCCAAAAAGCAACUGACUAUGGUAUUGCAGCACUACUGGGAAAUGGACAAGUGUUCAGCAGCUCUCCAAUAUCCAGAUUUGUUGGUAAAAAAGAGAAGUGAUGUACUGUUACUCUCAGAACGACUCUGGGCUGAAGUUCUGGCAUUGAAGAAAUACAGAGCCCACCUCAUCAGUGACAGUGUUCCGGUAAACACAGAAAACGUGCGUGGUCUAUACUUUUCGGAGGUGGACUGGAUCCGCAAUCUGGUUUCCGUCGUACAGCAUCAGCAAAAUGGACCGGUCUGGAUCGGUGAGGACGCACAGUUGACGGGAGAGAUUCUACAGCUAUGUGCGAAUGCUUUUAGCGAGGACGCAGAGGUGGUCCAAGCAGAGGAAGUACAAAAUUCCAAAGUCACACGUCAGAAUGGGACAAAUGUUGAUAGACAAGUUUCUGCACGGGCACUAAAAGAAGACUUCCAAUCUCCUAAACGACGUACAUUGAUAAAUAGACUUCAAGCUGCAUCAUAUAAAGCUACCGCGAAAGCCACGCAAACAGGAAAGUCCAGUACCCAUAAAAACUCGCAUCCACGCGUUUAUGAGGAGUUUUCACCGGUUGAAGUUUCAUCAGGUCAUGAGUCAAACUCUCCGAGAACAACAACUCCAAGUGAUGUGGAAAACUACAAUGGUGUAGUGGAACAGAUUUCAAAUGAAACUCAUCGCUGGUUCAACAGUUUCAACAGCGCAUCUUUUGACAGCGAUCUAACUACGGAAUGGGGAGCUAGCCAGUCUCUUCUAGCAGAAAACAUGCGAAGUUCGGUUCCUUUUUUGGUGCCGACUUUGAUGGAAAGAUUAGGUUCUUCAGUCGGAACUUUUAACAAGGAAUUCGAGAGAUUGAGCAUAGCCACAACCUCCCCCACUCCCUACAUGAAUACAGAAGAGUUACGUUCCAAACCAAAAUCGCUAAUAUAUACAGCCUCUCAAAAUGAGGAUUUUGUAAGCUUGACACCAAGGGAAAAAGUGGAUCCGAGUGCAGCUGGCAUCGACGGCAUUUCGUAUACAAAUCAAGUCCUAGAAGGCACACAGGAUUCCCCUGGUCGAGCGAGCAGUGGUAUGGAUAGUCGUUCGAUUAUUUCCUCAUUACCAUUGAAUACAACAGAAAAUAUUCUUGCAGAAUGCGCGGGAGAAUUCGGAUACAGAGGUGGUGCGCUGGAGUUACCGGAAUAUCAAGUACGACUGCAUAUACCCAAAGGAGCUUUACCGGUCCAUUGCGAAAGGCAGCGGAUAUUCCUUAGGAUCUACAACAGCCAUCCAGAUUGCACCCUUGGAUCAGCCAGAGCAACUGAAGAGAGAUCACCACGUCUUAUCAGUCCUGUGGUGAUGUGUGGUCCACAUGGGUUGCAUUUUCGAACGCCAGUGGAACUCACUGUACCAAGGUAUCACUUCGAUGAUGAUAAUAAUGAAGAAAGCAAUGAGAACUGGAAAAUUACACUACUUCACACAUCAGCGCAUUCUACUUCCGCGGAUGAGGAGUCUGUGCGGCAAGAACUGAAACUGCGGCAGAGUUCCGCAAACUGGCGUGAAAUACCUGUGGUAGGCGAACUGAAAACGUCUGAAGUCAGGCCAACGGAAAAGAUAAAUGGGGAUUCAGACGUACUUGGCAUUACCUCGUUGGUUCAAGACUCCAAAAUAGCCAUACUUAUUGAUCAUUUUUAA